CUUUAUUAAAUCAUCAUGACAAACCACCAUAAAAGAGGGGCGGGGACCUCAAAAGUGUCAACACCAACUCAAAUUUCCACCGAUUUCUUCUCCUUUCUCUCUCCAAAUCAGCUUACAAGUAAGCCGAAUACUCCAUCAUCGCCGGGAUAUUCCCUCUCGGUCAUCCCUAACCGUCAAUUUCAAUCACAACAGAAUUGCAGAACAAUGAAAGAGAAUUUGUGUAUGGACAUUGAUCCUCCUCUGUUCAAUGAAAACCUCGCUACUGCCGAAGAUUGGCGAAAAACUCUUAGCAAAGUAGUUCCUGCUGUCGUCGUUCUACGAACCACCGCUUGCCGAGCUUUCGACACUGAAUCUGCUGGUGUUAGUUCCGCUACGGGCUUCGUUGUUGAUAAGCGUCGCGGAAUUAUACUCACCAAUCGUCAUGUUGUUAAACCUGGACCUGUGAUGGCUGAAGCUAUGUUUGUGAACCGUGAAGAAAUACCAGUUUGCCCUAUAUACAGGGACCCUGUUCAUGAUUUCGGCUUCUUUCGCUAUGACCCUGGUGCAAUACAAUUUUUGAGCUAUGAAGAGAUUCCUCUUGCUCCUGAUGCUGCUUCAGUAGGUGUAGAAAUAAGGGUUGUUGGUAAUGACAGUGGAGAGAAGGUAUCUAUUUUGGCGGGUACCCUUGCUCGAUUAGAUAGAGAUGCUCCGCAAUAUAAAAAGACUUCAAAGUUUUCCAGUGCAAUGAGUAGGCUGAGGCAUUUGGAGAGAUGUGUCCCGUUUAAAAACGGCUACAAUGACUUCAACACAUUCUACAUGCAAGCUGCUUCCGGGACUAAAGGUGGUUCAAGUGGCUCGCCUGUAAUUGAUUGGCAAGGAAGAGCUGUUGCCUUGAAUGCUGGGAGCAAAUUAUCAAGUGCAUCUGCUUUUUUCUUGCCUUUAGAACGAGUUGUCAGGUCACUCAAGUUCUUACAGGAAGGAGGAUAUUUUUCUACACAUACAUGGGCAGCGGUCACUAUUCCUCGUGGUACACUACAGAUGACAUUUCUCCAUAAAGGAUUUGAUGAGACACGUAGGCUUGGUGUUCAACGUCAGACGGAACAGUUGGUGCGCAAUUCAACUCCACCCACCGAAACUGGAAUGCUGGUUGUCGAUUCUGUGGUUCCUGGCGGCCCUGCUCAUAAUCAUUUAGAGCCUGGCGAUGUACUUAUUCGCAUGAAUGGGGAGGUUGUUACCCAGUUCCUGAAGAUGGAGACUUUACUUGAUGACAGUGUUGAGCAGAAAAUUGAGCUUCAAAUUGAAAGGGGUGGCACUCCUUUGACAGUGAACUUGUUGGUUCAGGAUUUGCACUCAAUUACUCCUGACCACUUCUUGGAAGUUAGUGGUGCUGUGAUACAUCCCCUUUCUUAUCAACAGGCUAGAAAUUUUCGUUUUAACUGUGGUCUUGUCUAUAUCGCUGAACCCGGAUACAUGCUAUAUAGAGCAGGAGUUCCUCGCCACUCCAUCAUUAAAAAAUUUGCAGGAGAAGGAAUAUCAAGGCUUGAAGACUUAAUUUCUGUUUUAUCUAAGUUGUCUAGGGGUGCAAGAGUACCAUUGGAGUAUAUAAACUACAAGGAACGUCAUCAGAAAAAGUCUGUCUUGGUCACAAUUGAUCGCCAUGAGUGGUAUGCACCCCCACAGAUAUAUAAGCGCGAGGACAGCUCUGGCUUAUGGACAGCAAAACUGGCUUUGCAGCAGGAGUCCCCACUUUUGGUAUCUGGCAUUUGUCCAAUCGAAAAUCACGCCGGAUCUUGUACUAGCGAGGUCAGUCCUAAGGACUAUAUACCUGAAAAAGUCAUCCAAGAAUCCACCGAUGGAGUUACUAGUAUGGAAAUUAGUGGUGAACAUGUUGCUGAGAGACCAAAUACUCGGGAUGAUUCUGAUAACGGAACAAAGAAAAGGAGGUUGAAAGAGGACUCAUCUGAAGAUGGCAAUGUAAUAACUGAUUGCUCUUUAAAUGAGCGGAGAGAAGAAAGAUUGGAUGAGUCUGGAUCCGUGGAAGAUGCAGUUCUGAGAGAUUAUCAAGGUGCAGUACCUGUAGAAGCUACAUCAGUCCCUGAGCGUGUGAUCGAGCCUAGUCUUGUGAUGUUUGAGGUUCAUGUCCCUUCAUCAUGUAUGCUUGACGGUGUUCACUCACAACAUUUUUUUGGAACUGGGGUAAUUGUAUAUCAUUCCCAAACCAUGGGCUUGGUUGCUGUUGACAAAAACACAGGUGCAGUACCAGUUUCUGAUGUGAUGCUAUCAUUUGCUGCUUUUCCUAUUGAAAUCCCUGCCGAGGUAGUCUUCCUCCACCCUUUCCAUAAUUUUGCUCUGGUUGCAUACGACCCCACUGCUUUGGGAGCUGCUGCUGCCUCUGUGGUUCGUGCUGCUGAACUUCUUCCUGAACCUGCUCUUCUUCGUGGAGAUUCUGUGUUUCUAGUGGGAUUGAGUAGAAGCCUGCAGGCAACCUCCAGGAAAUCAAUCGUGACUAACCCUUCUGCUGCUGUGAAUAUUGGAUCCUCUGAUGUUCCGCGAUACAGAGCAACAAACAUGGAAGUCAUUGAGCUUGACACUGAUUUUGGAAGCACCUUUUCGGGUGUGCUGACUGAUGAGCGUGGAAGAGUUCUAGCUUUAUGGGGAAGCUUUUCAACGCAGCUCAAGUAUGGCUCGAGUUCAUCAGAAGAGCACCAAUUUGUCCGAGGUAUCCCAAUAUAUAAAAUAAGCCAACUCGUUAACAGGAUCACUUCUGGCACUGAGGGACCACCUCGUCUUAUAAAUGGUUUACGAAGACCUAUGCCGUGCAUAAGAAUAUUAGAAGUUGAACUUUACCCUACUUUGCUUUCUAAAGCUCGGAGUUUUGGACUAAGUGAUGCAUGGAUCCAGGCCCUCGUGAAGAAGGAUCCUCUGAGACGCCAAGUUUUGCAAGUCAAAGGUUGCUUCGCUGGCUCAAAAGCUGAAAACUUGUUGGAACAAGGGGAUAUGAUCUUAGCAAUUAAUAAAAAGCUAGUAACAUGCUUUCGUGACAUUGAAGAUGCAUGCCAAUUGUUAGACCAUUCCAGGAACGAUGAUGGAAAACUAGACUUGACAAUUGUCCGUCGGGGAAAUGAAAUUGAACUACUUGUGGGAACGGAUGUGAGGGAUGGAAAUGGAGCCAAACGAGCAAUAAAUUGGUGUGGCGGUAUUCUCCAAGAACCUUAUCCAGCCGUACGUGCACUUGGGUUUCUGCCUGAAGAAGGUCAUGGAGUAUAUGUGGCAAGGUGGUGUCACGGGAGUCCUGCACAUCGUCAUGGUCUCUUUGCUCUUCAAUGGAUAGUUGAAGUCAACGGGAAACCAACACCUAACUUGGAUGCUUUUGUUGAUGUGACUAAGGCAAUAGAGCAUGGAGAGUUUGUUCGCGUACGAUCUGUCCACCUGAAUGGAAAGCCUCGAGUGCUCACAUUGAAGCAAGAUUUACACUACUGGCCAACAUGGGAACUCAGGUUUGAUCCUGAAACUGCAAUGUGGAGACGCAAAGUAAUCAAAUCAUUGGAUUCUAGUGUUCUGUGAAUUGUCUCACCUGAUUGUUUAUAAAGCAUUUACCCUACUCGGUAGUUGGUAUAUGAAGUUAUGUGUCGUACGAGAAUCUUAAUGAACUGAAGGUAUAUUAUUGUGAGGACUAUAUGUUGUUAAAUAACAAAAUAUUUGAUCCAUUUAUAGAAUAAAAAAACUUUUGUAUGCGUA